CCCCACCUCCCCAGAGCAGCCACAGGUGUGCAGUGAAAUCAGAGAGGCGGGACUCUUGAGACCAGGAUGCAGCUGGGAUCUUCUCUCCUGCAGCAGUAAGGGCCAGCUCUUCACAGGACGCACCUGUUGCCACUCUGCAUGGGAAUGCCCAGCUAGACGAAAGGCCAUGAUCUCCACGGACCACGGCUCAAGCCCAACCAUCUUGUGCUGCAUCUCCAGAGACGCCCCCCAGUUCCUGGCUGGUUCUGCUGCUCUGCUGGCUGGCUGGCCUCUGCCCAGGAUUGAUGGUCACCAUGGGGGAGUAUUACGAAGUGCUGCGCAUUCCCUGUGAUGCCUCGGACGAGGACAUCAAAAAGGCGUACAGGAAGGCGGCGCUGAAAUGGCACCCAGAUAAGAACCCGGGGAACAAGGAACACGCCGAGCGGAAGUUCAAAGAGAUCGCAGAGGCCUACGAAGUGCUGUCAGACAAGAGCAAGCGCAACCUCUACGACCGCUACGGCAAGGACGGGCUCACGGGGGCAGGGCCUGGGGGAUCGAGGGCUGAAGAUGGAGCCCCUAGAUUUAUGUUCCACUUUCGCAGCCCCCAUGACAUCUUCAGAGAGUUCUUUGCGGGACAAGAGCCUUUCUAUGGAUCCUCUGGACCCUUCAACUCCAGCAUCAACGCAGGAAAAGACUUCCGCUUCUUCUCUACCUCGACCAAGUUCAUCAAUGGCAAACGCAUCACAACCAAAAGAUGUGGCUGUUGACGAGACAAGCAGCAGAGCAGCAGCAGGGAACGAAUCUCAUGCUGGGCCUACCAAGGUGCAUUCUGGACGUAAUAAGAUGCAUGCCAGAUACAAGUCAGCUCCUGGAUCUGAGUCACCAGUGGGGAGGCAAGAGUCCCACAUGGAAAAGAAAGAGUCCCAUGCUAGGACUGAGUUGAAUCUCAGCUCCGAGCCGCAGGCUGGUAGGAAUUAGUUGUAUGCUAGGAGAAGAGAGGCCCAGGCUGGGGGAAGGACGCAUGCCUGCAGGAGCAAGACGCAAUGAAGCGGCUGCAGAGUGGAAGGAAUCAGCUUCCAGGUAGGAGCUGGCUCCUGGCUGGAAUGAGCUAGCUGUGGAGAACAGGACUGCUACGGGUGGGAUGCGACUGCUUCUGGAUACAAGUCAGCACCCGUGUGGAACUAAGAAUGGAGUCAGGUGUCCAGUGGAACAAGUCGGCUCCCUGAUGUCACCAGUUGGCCCCAGGACGACACAAGCAGGUUCUCAGGCAGAAGCAAUCUCCGGGUCUUGUCCCUUAAUCCCAGCUACUUCCAGAAUCUCUUUCCCCCAGGCUGGGGAGAACGCUAGGAACAGUGGGAUCUGUUGUGAAGGUUUCCAGAUGGCACUGGCCAGCAGGCGAGGAGCUGUUCAAUACAGAUGGGACCAGAGCUCUCUGUCUCCGUCAUUCUCUGAAGAGUCAGCCAGUGAGCAGCUGCUUCGACAAGGACAGGAGCAGAGCCGUCUCACGGCCGAGGACCGGUCUGGCCUCUAGAGGUCCAGUAUGGUGUGGGCUGUUUGCAGCUCAAGGAUCUUCCAUUGCUGCUACUCCCAUCGCACACAGGAGGACAUGGGUCCUGCUAGCUACUCACACACAAAGGUGAUGGGGGGCCUAUAAGAGCCCAGAGAGAGCGCUGGCUCCCCCCGGUGCUGUCAGGAGGUUACAGCCCCCUGGCUGCUGCGGCUCGGUGCUCUUGGUUUGGCUCUCUUUGAGGGGUGCCCAGGGAAGGGAAAGGGGGGCGCAUUCACAAGGCAGCAGGGGUUAUUUUGGGAAAAGUACAAUUGUGUGAGAACUAGUGUUAGGCAGCUCAGCCCUGAGGCCCUGUAUAGAGUGUGGUAACACCCUCCCCUGCUCCCCACAGAAUGGCUUUAAGUAGCCACAGGCAGGUGGCUUCUGGCCUGGCAGGCUUUGGGGCUAAAGAGGGCACACACCUUGUGCCAAAGGCAGCUAUGACCCCUGAAUGCCAAGUUGGCUGGUGUGAGCAUUGGUGUUGGGACAAUCUCUGAGUUGCUCUGCUGGAAACAGUGGGAGAGAUUCCAGAGGACUGGAAAAGGGCAAAUCUAAUGCCCAUUUAUAAAAAGGAAAAUAAGGACAAACCAGGGAAUUACAGACCAGUCAGCUUAACUUCUGAACCGGGAAAGUUAAUGGAGCAAAUCAUUAAGCAAACAAUUUGCAAACCUCUAGAAGAUAAUCAGGUGAUAAGUAACAGUCAGCAUGGAUUUGUCAAAAACAUAUGGUGUCAAAUCAACCUAAUAUCUUGCUUUGGCAGGGUAACCAGCCUUGUGGAUGGGCGGAAACGGUAGACACGGUCUAUCUUGACUUUAGUAAGGCUUUUGACACUGUCUCCCAUGACCUUCUCAUAAACAAAC